AUGCUGAUAAUAUGCUUUCAGCAAUGGUCAGCACCGGCCAAUGAGACAAAACAGAUCGGACAAGGUACGAAGUGCACAUCCUCACAAUGUUGGAAGCUUCACUCGUGGGACUCGGUGCUCAUGGAGACUGUUCGCUGCUGCCUUCUGGCUCGAAUGCUGUCCUUAGACGUCAUGCUGCUAGGGCAUGCAUGGCUUGACAAGUUUAGUGUGGAACGCCUUGAUGAUGUCCGUGUUUGCGCCUCUCGACGGUUGUGGAGACCAGGCAUAGAGGCGCUGCAGAAGGCGAUCUCUCGUAUGGAUGUGGAAGCUGACAUCUCUGAGGACAUUACAGACAUCGGUGAUGUGUCCGCGCAGUGUGCAGCACAGUGCCUGGAGGUCGAAGCACCGAAGCCAUAUGACCAGGAGCUCUACCAGCUCUUAUCCCACGCAGCUGAAUGUGGCGACCUGGACGGCCUGCUGACUAUCACAGAUACCCAUCUUACUGAACUCAGCAGUAUCAAUGCGGCUUUCGCCCUGAUACAUGCAGCUCGGAUGCUGCAGGUGGGCAGCCCAAAACGGGAUGAUGCACUCCAUUCUCCCAAGCUGGUCAAUCUGAUUCGACAUGUGGAAAACAUCGUGAUGGGACACCGCUUAGAAGGUGCGGUUGUGGCUGAAACUGGCGAGUCGGAGGACUCGUCCUCCGAGGUGAUGAAGGUCGAGGACCAAGGCCUUCACAUGGCUUGGACCGUUUCUGUGAUUUGCUGGGGUCUGGGUCUUCUCGGUCAUAAGAAUGACAAGCUCCUGUCGUGCUUAGCCAGAAUGGUGAAGCCACUUCUGCCACACCUCAGUCCUCAUCAGCUGCAGAAUUGCUUAUGGGCUUUUGCGUCGUUGGAAAUGAAGGAUUCCGGGCCUUUUUUUGGGGCGGCGGUCGAAAUCAUCGAACCUCGCAUCGCGCUUUUCAGUCACGAGCAUCUUGGCCGAAUGCAGCAAGGCCAGCAUAGGAGCUUGCGGAGGCGGUUGUACCUCUAG